UUCGGGUUGGUUUUGAACUAAGUCAUAUUCCAGGAGGUUGCAGAGUUUACUACAAAAGACCAGCUCUAGGAGCUCUCCCAAACACUUCAGCAUAUCAUGCACUCAUUACAGACAGAGACCCUCUCCAUGCCCAUGGAGCAGCAACAGCAGCUCAACAUUGAAGAUGGUAGCAAGACUCAGAGGGCUGAGUGGGUGCUUAAUUCCCCUGAACCGCCAGGUCUAUGCCAUGAGAUUGUCAGUUCAAUAAAAUCGGCUGUUUUUCCUAAUGGAGGCAAGCACUCUUCAUCCUCCACAAAGCAAACUCGAUCUACAGCCGCAGGUGUUGUUUCAUUCUUGUAUGGUCUAUUCCCAAUUCUUACCUGGGGAAGAAAUUACAAGGCUACAAAGUUCAGAAACGAUUUAAUGGCAGGCUUAACUCUAGCAAGUUUAAGCAUUCCUCAGAGCAUCGGAUAUGCAACUCUGGCGAACCUCGCACCUCAGUAUGGUCUAUACACAAGCGUGGUUCCGCCUCUGGUUUAUGCUUUAAUGGGAAGCUCAAGAGAGAUAGCCAUUGGACCGGUAGCUGUGGUUUCCUUGCUGCUGUCUUCGAUGAUUCAGAAUGUAGUAGAUCCUGUAGCUAAUGCCGUUGCCUACAGAAAGCUCGUCUUGACAGUAACUUUCUUUGCCGGUACCUUCCAAUUCAUAUUUGGAUUGUUCAGGCUGGGUUUUCUGGUGGAUUUUCUCUCACAUGCUGCCAUUGUUGGAUUCAUGGGAGGUGCAGCCAUUGUCAUUGGCCUUCAACAACUGAAGGGGCUACUUGGAAUCAGUCACUUCACCACCAAAACUGAUGUUGUUUCAGUGUUGGAGGCUGUUUUCAGGUCACUUCAUCAUCAAUGGUACCCCCUGAACUUUGUCCUCGGUUGUUCAUUCCUGAUUUUCAUCCUAUUUACCAGGUUUAUUGGUAGAAGGAACAAAAAGCUUUUCUGGUUGCCAGCGAUUGCUCCUCUGAUAUCGGUUGUUUUAUCUACUGCUAUAGUCUUCCUGACAAAGGCAGAUGAGCAUGGUGUUAAGAUAGUAAAGCACAUCAAACGAGGCUUGAACCCGAUUUCUGCUCACGAAUUACAGUUUAGUGGGCAACAUGUGGGACAAGCAGCCAAAAUUGGAUUAGUUUCUGCCAUUGUUGCUCUCACUGAAGCCAUUGCUGUUGGCCGAUCGUUUGCUUCCAUUAGAGGCUACCACCUUGAUGGGAACAAGGAAAUGGUAGCCAUGGGCUUCAUGAAUAUUGCAGGAUCUUUGACCUCUUGCUAUGUAGCAACUGGUUCUUUUUCGAGGACCGCCGUAAAUUUCAGUGCAGGAUGUGAAACAGUGGUAUCAAACAUAGUAAUGGCCAUUGCAGUGUUUUUAUCACUGGAAUUGUUAACUAGGCUAUUGUACUUCACCCCAAUUGCCAUUCUUGCUUCAAUUAUUCUAUCAGCUCUCCCUGGACUGAUUGACAUACCUGAAGCUUACCAUAUCUGGAAGGUAGACAAAAUGGACUUCCUUGCUUGUGCCGGUGCCUUCUUUGGAGUUCUGUUUGUAUCAGUGGAGAUUGGUCUUCUAGCUGCGGUAACAAUCUCAUUUGCAAAGAUAAUACUAAAUUCCAUUAGGCCCAGCGUAGAAGGAUUGGGCAAACUCCCUGGAACAGAUAUCUUCUGUGACAUCAAUCAAUAUCCCAUGGCCAUCAAAACUCCAGGCAUCUUGAUUGUUCGCAUCAACUCCGGAUUGCUUUGCUUUGCUAAUGCCAAUUUCGUAAGAGAAAGAAUAAUGAAGAGGGUGACUGAAAAAGACGAAGAAGGCAAAGAAAACUCAAAGGAAAGAACUCAAGCAGUAAUCCUUGACAUGUCCACUGUCAUGAACAUUGACACUUCGGGAAUCUGUGCGCUACAAGAAGUGUACAAUAAGUUGGUUUCACAUAACAUACAUUUAGCAGUAGCCAAUCCAAGGUGGCAAGUGAUACACAAGUUGAAGUUAGCCAAAGUUGUAGAUAAAAUUGGGAAAGACUGGAUUUUCCUCAGUGUUGGGGAAGCUGUAGAUGCAUGCAGCUCUAAAAUGGUCAAUUUUAGCAGCUGUUGAUGCCUUUAUGUUGCCUCAAUUAUUCCACAGAAUAAGCUGUUUUUGUGAUGUAAUAUAGAUGUAAUGAAGUUCACAACUAUAUUUCAUGACGUUGUGACUCUGGGAUGCCCUUGGGUUGUUGCUACAAGCCUACAAGUAAUUUAACAUCAUAGUUUGCAGAA